AACACCAAGCACACGGAUUGUUGUGAAAAUUGCUCCAUAAAAAAUCUGCUGUGUUCAGCUCUUUCUAUUUUUCUUUUACACAGGCGAUAUGGAUUAUGGUUUCGAUUGAGGAAGUUGAUACUCUGGUUGCUGGGAAUGUACAUAGCCAUCCCGUUUCUAGUAAAACUUUGCCCUGCUAUUCAGGCAAAGCUGGUCUUCCUAAACUUUGUGAGGGUCCCAUAUUUCAUUGACUUGAAAAGACCACAGGAUCAAGGUUUAAACCACACCUGUAAUUAUUACUUGCAGCCAGAGGAGGAUGUAACCAUUGGAGUCUGGCACACGGUCCCUGCAGCCUUGUGGAAGAAUGCCCGAGGGAAGGACCAGCUGUGGUUUGAAGAAGCUUUGGGCUCCAGCCAUCCUGUAAUCCUUUACCUGCACGGCAAUGCAGGAACAAGAGGAGGGGAUCACCGGGUGGAGCUUUACAAGGUUCUCAGCUCCCUUGGGUACCACGUGGUGACGUUUGACUAUCGAGGCUGGGGUGACUCAAUAGGCAGCCCGUCAGAGAGGGGAAUGACCUAUGAUGCCCUUCAUGUCUUCGACUGGAUAAAAGCACGGAGUGGAGACAACCCUGUCUAUAUAUGGGGACACUCCCUGGGCACAGGAGUUGCAACAAAUCUGGUGCGGCGGCUCUGCGAGAGAGAAACGCCUCCGGAUGCCCUGAUCCUGGAAUCUCCAUUCACCAACAUACGGGAGGAGGCACGGAGUCACCCCUUUUCUGUGAUAUACAGAUACUUCCCUGGAUUUGACUGGUUCUUCCUUGACCCCAUCACGACGAGUGGAAUUAAAUUUGCAAACGAUGAGAAUGUGAAAUACAUUUCCUGCUCCCUGCUCAUCCUUCAUGCUGAGGAUGAUCCAGUGGUACCAUUUCACCUGGGAAAAAAGCUUUACAACAUCGCGGCGACGUCACGGAGUUUCCGGGACUACAAGGUGCAGUUUGUGCCCUUCCACACAGACCUCGGCUACCGGCACAAGUACAUCUACAGGAGUCCAGAGCUACCUCGGGGCACCCUUUGCUCUCCACAGCGGGGGAGAUACCGGGGCUGGCUUAGCACGGGAGUCAGAGCUCUCCACCUCCUUGCAAAGCAGGUUUUGGGAAGGGAAGCCACAGAAAUCUGGGAGCACUUUCUGGCUCAUCUCUGCUGUGAGCUGCAUGCUCUAGAGGAGCUGUUUGCAGAGCAGUUCCUUUCGUUUGGCUCUUCCAGUGGGAGCCUCUGA